AAUACAUGUAGGCUGUCAUUGUGCAAUGGACGCCUCGGCUCAGUGAGCUUCUCCAUGUCCUCAACAAGCUAACUCGUUGAAUUAGCUUGACUAAACAUGGCACGGCCCGGAAGUGUGGAGCGGAUUUAAAGUUAAAAGGGUGCCUGGCUCCUCCGUGCGGACACAAUGAGCGCCAACGAGAGAAAGCGGCUAGUGAAAGUUGACAGCUAGUCGCUGUUAGCGAGUUAGCACACUGCGACAGCACCUCGCUAGCUAGCUGGGGAUGCUAAACUAAGCUAAGCUAAAAUAAGCUAAGCUAAGCUAAGGCUCGCUUGCCGAGGCGACUGGAUUGGAGCUCCGCGUGGACGCGGACGCACGCGCACGGACAGGGGGGGGCUCCCCGAGCAGCCCCAUGUCCCCCCGAUGAAACCUCUCAACUCCAUGAAACGAGCCCUGCCUUCCAGGCCACAAAGCGGUGACGGCACCUUCCUCAAUGAGCCAGUCUCCUGGCAACCAGGAACCAAUCAGCACGCAGGAUCUCUCUCUGUGGUAACCACCGUGUGGGGCGUGACCAAUCCCACGCACAGUCAGGUCAUAGGAGCACCCAUGGGUCCCGGCGAGAGCACGGGCGGUCACAUGAUGCCGGGCGGUGGCCCCGGUAUGGCGGGUGCCAUGGGUGCCCAGUUCAUGGGCCAGCAGGCGUACGGCGACGCCAUGUCAAAAGGCUACGGCCAGCCUGUCAUGUACGGAGGACGCCCCAACACGGCAUACAACACCCCGUCGGCGUACGGCGGCAGUUACUCUGGCAACGGCGGUGGCCUGGGGGUCCGACCUCCCUCAGACUUCACGACUGCAGCUGCUGCCGCUGUUGCCGCCGCCACAGCGACAGCCACGGCCACGGCAACGGUUGCAGCCAUCCAAGAGAAGCAGAACCAGGAGCUGAGCUACAGUCAGAUGGGCGGAGCCUCGUACAGCACCCAGUUCCUGUCUCAUUCAGGCCCUCGCGGCCCCCCUGGGAUGAACCCAGGCGGGCUGAUCCCUACCAGGCCCGGACCACAGCCGCCCCCCAGUGGGGGCUUGUACCCCCCUCACCCUGGCCCGACACAGAAGAUGCAUGGAGGAUAUCCUGGUGCACCGCAAGGCCUCAAACGCACCUUCCACUCUGAGCACUUUGCUCCCGGCGGGAUGUCGUCGUACCCUCAGCAACCUCUGCAGUACCCCCCCGGCCCACAGCAGCGAUGUGCCCCCUCCCCCUCCUACCCCCCCAGCCGCAUGCCGCCUAUGAGCCAGUACGGGUCCGGCUCGCACAACCCGGGUCAGUUCCCGACCGGGGCCGGCCAGCCCACUCCCCCCCAGUAUUACAAGUCGGAAGCGUUUAACGGGCAGAGCAGCAUGCCCCCUGGAGGCCCUGGAGCAUACAACGCCUUCACGCAGGCAGCGGCCAGUGGGCCGGGGCGGGGCGGAGGGAUGCCCGUAUAUCCCAGCUCGCCCAUGGGCGGGAACCCCACGCCUCCCAUGACUCCUGGGACGUCCAUGCCGCCCUAUCUGUCCCCGGGCCAGGACACCAAACCCCCCUACCUGCCCCCGGACGUCAAAAGCAACAUGGGCGGCCCUCAGCCCGCCCCAGGUAACCCCAGUGAUGACCUUCGCCUGACCUUCCCAGUGCGGGAUGGCGUGGUAUUGGAGCCGUUUAGGCUGGAACACAACUUGGCCGUCAGUAACCACGCCUUCCAGCUCAAAGACUCUGUCUACAAAACGCUCAUGAUGAGGCCAGACCUGGAGCUGCAGUUCAAGUGUUACCACCACGAGGACCGCCAGAUGAACACCAACUGGCCUGCCUCCGUGCAGGUGAGCGUCAACGCCACGCCGCUGUCCAUCGAGCGAGGCGACAACAAGACCUCCCACAAGCCCCUGUACCUCAAACAAGUCUGCCAACCGGGACGCAACACGGUCCAGAUCACCGUCACCGCCUGCUGCUGCUCGCACCUGUUUGUGUUGCAGCUGGUCCAUCGACCCUCCGUCAGGUCGGUGCUGCAAGGCCUCAUGAAGAAGCGGCUGCUGCCCGCCGAGCACUGCAUCACCAAGAUCAAGAGGAACUUCAGCAGCGGAACCAUUCCCGGGACCCCCGGCUUAAACGGCGAGGACGGCGUGGAGCAAACGGCCAUCAAAGUCUCCCUGAAAUGUCCCAUCACAUUCCGGCGCAUCCAGCUGCCCGCCAGAGGUCACGACUGCCGCCACAUACAGUGUUUCGACUUGGAGUCGUACUUGCAGCUGAACUGCGAGCGAGGAACGUGGCGGUGUCCCGUCUGCAAUAAGACGGCUCUGCUGGAAGGCCUGGAAGUGGACCAGUACAUGCUGGGGAUUCUGGUCUACAUCCAGAAUUCCGACUACGAGGAGAUCACCAUCGACCCCCUUUGUGGGUGGCGGCCGGUACCGGUCAAACCCGACCUGCACAUCAAGGAGGAGCCUGACGGGCCGGCGCUGAAACGCUGCCGCACCGUCAGCCCGAGUCACAUGGUGCUGCCCAACGUGAUGGAGAUGAUUGCCGCCUUGGGGCCGCCGGCCUCGCCGUACCCGGGUGGACCAGCAGGCGGCAGGAGCAGUCCGGACUACAACAGACCUGGGAGUCGAGGCUUCGCCAGCCAAUCGGGUUUCACUGAAUUCCCAAACACUCCUGGGACGCCGACCCUUGGAGAGUAUCCUCCUCCUGGACCGCCUCUGGCCUACCAGCCAGACCAGGCCACCCAUCCCGGCCGCAUGGAUCCCUCCCACAGUUCCCUGCUCGCCCAGCACGGCAACCAGAGCCUCAGCGAGGCUGGCAGCCCGCUGCCACAGAGGAGCGCCACCACCCACAAUGCCCGCCUGCACGCUGAGGGCUCCUUUGGCCUGGGAGGCCCGGGAGCGGCCGGAGAAGCGGCGGACCAUUCGCUAGAUCUUCUGCCCGAGUUGACCAACCCCGACGAGCUGCUGUCCUACCUUGGCCCCCCCGACCUGCCCAGCAACAGCAGCGACGACCUGCUUUCGCUCUUUGAGAACAACUGAUGACCCUUCACCUUGUCUGGCCUCGCCCACAUCAUGAAAGUGUGCACCGUGUCAGCCGCGCCAGCUUCUGGAAGCUUCCGGAAGACUGCACAGAAAACAAAACAAAAACAUGUCAUCCGUCGUGUUGAAACUCUCGUCUGGUUGGUUAUUUGCUGAGUGCCAUAUUGAGGUCGUGUGGGCGGGGCCACCUGUACAAUUAAACCACUGUGACACCUCCUGCAUUCCCGUCAACCUGAAAGCUGUCUAGCGGUGGCCAUGAUGUGCACGUAUGUUCAUGUUGUCAUUGGAGAACGUCCAUGUUUGUUGUGCCGCCACGUGUUCAUCCAUCCAUCCAUCCGCGUCAUUUGUCUGCAUUGACUUUUUUCAAGAGCGUGCAAAUGAUUCCACUUUUUCUAAGAGAGGUCCAAAAAGAAAAUGUUGAACAACACCAUGUUUCAUUUGGAAAAUUACUAUUUCACAGCAAAUUUGCGCGAAAAAGGUGUUUUUAAAGAUGUAAACUAUUGCACAUAUUUUGUAACACAUUUGAAUUGCCAUCGUUUUCUAUUUAUUUUGUAAUCAUAACGAUCAUUGUACCUACAGUUUCUUCAUUUGCUGGAACUUAAAACAAGAAUAAAAAAAAACACUUUAUUUGAACGAACACGUUAUGUUAUGUUCCCUUCAUUUGAACUGACACACAUCACGGAACACCAGAUGAAUUAGGCGG